UGCGAGAUAAUAGUUCGUACAUCCAUCAUCCUGCGUGCGUGCUCUGAUACUUGUGAAUGUGUGUGGGUGAAUUGACUCGCGUCAAGUGCCAGUAGAACGUUUAGCCUUUAUACCCAUUUAGAAAGGUUUGAUUUACAAAGGUAUGGAAUCUGCGAGAAAGCAAGUUUUGAAUGAAGACAAAAGAAGAGGUAAAAAACGUCACUUGCGUCUGAAUGCAGUUCGAAAGAAAAGGAAAUGGAACAAAGGGAAAGUUUUACGUUUAGUUGACGGCAGGCUGCGUUACGUGAAAAACCAUGAAACAAGGUUUUCCAACUAUACUUCACAUGAGUCUUUCAGUACAUCCAAACACGCGGGGAAUAUAGAAAAUGCUGUUGAAAGGAAAACCCAGACAGACAGUGAGACUUGCUACAUAACGUUGUCUCCAGCAAGGUGUUCCACCUCUCCCGGCGAUACUGCUUCACAUGAUCAAGUAGACAUCGAUGGAGCAGGUUGUUCGUUUUGGACAAACGAAAUAUUGGCGUCACCGCAGAAAGUCACAACUACUGAUUAUCCUACAGAAGAAUAUGAUGUUACUGGAAUAUUUUCAGACACGGAACAAGAGUCAAAAUCGGUCACAAGUGACUACGCUCAGCUUCUUGAAGGCGUGGAGAAACUUUCGUCACCAGCAUCUUCACCCGAACAAACCUCUCCUAAAAAAACUUUCAGCUCUGAAUCAUCAACCUUUCCGAUACAAGGCCGUCGACUGUUUGAUGUUGACUUUCUAUUCAAAGAAAUGUCGCGCAUCAGCCAACAUAACAAAGUGUUUCAGUGUUCGUUUGAAAAUAUGCGAUUAAUAAAAGAACAUAAAAAUGGAAUGAUAAGUAAAUUUGAUUUCAAGUGUAAUAUGUGUGGUACUGUUGAAUCUAUUUUCUCGGAGGACCCCCAAACAAAUAAAGUCAACUGUAACAUGGCAUGGGUGAACAGUAUGUUGUUAACGGGCCAAAGUUUUACACAGUUACAAGACAUAACUUCAACUUUGGAAAUGCCUUGCAUGGCCAAGGAGACUUUCAACAAAUGUCAAAAAUCCCUAUCUUCUGUUAUACACGAUGUCGCAUGUCAAAGUAUGGAAGCCGCUGGCAAAGAAGAAGCAAGAUUGGCAGUAGAAAAUGGCAGUGUGGAUGUCGACGGAGUUCCUCUCAUAGCAGUUGUCACUGAUGGAGCUUGGUGUAAACGAUCGUAUGGAAACAAAUAUGAUGCUCUUUCUGGGGUGGCUUGCAUAGUAGGAAAAGAAACAAAAAAAGUUAUCUUCGCAAGCACUAGGAAUCGAUACUGCUGCAUAUGUUCACGAGCAAACAGUAAAAAUGAGACGCCAAAGGACCACGUCUGUUUCAAAAAUUGGAACAAGUCUUCAAAUGCCAUGGAAUCUGACAUCAUAGUGGAAGGUUUCAAAUGCAGUGUUUCCAUGCAUAACCUGAAAUAUCAUCAGCUGAUUGGAGAUGGCGAUAGCAGCAUUAUGACCCAGUUGGUGAAGGCUCAGCCAUAUGGUCCAAAUUUUACAAUCACCAAAAUUGAAUGUACUAACCACAUACUGCGAAAUUACCUUCGAAGGAUACGUUGUAUUGCUCAAAAGACGAAAAACGAAAUUGGUUCCGUUUCUCCUGUUCUACGAAAGGCUGUAUCUGACAAACAACUCCGCCUUCGAGCUGCAGUCACCGGAGCUGUGCAGCAUAGGCGUGCUCAAAAAGAGUUUCCAAUUCACAGAAAAAUUGAGGAGUUAAAACUUGACAUUUACAAUGGUCCAUUUCACGUAUUUGGUGACCACUCAGGAUGCGCAAUUAGAGGUUAUUUCUGUAGCGGAUUGAAAGAAAACGAGGAAAACCUUGUACCGCCUCUUCAAGAGGCAGGUAUAUGGUCAGAAAUAAUAGCAGCUCGAAACAUUGUUGCACAUCAUGCUGUAAGCCUUUUACAUAAUGUCAAUACUAAUACAGCAGAGUCUUUCAAUAAUGUGGUUUGCAAGCAUGUUUCAAGUAAACGAGUAAACUUUUGUUUGAGUGGUGGCUACCAAACAAGAAGCGAGCUCUCUGUAAUUUCUUUUAAUUCAGGUCCUCAAACACAGUCCUUUAUCCAUAAAGGUUUAACAAACAGUAGUCCUGGAAACAUCACUAAAGCUCACAUACAGCGCAAGGAACGUUCAUCAGAGAAAAGAAAGCUCAGGAGGCUGACAAACCCACAAACAUUUAAGCGCAGAAAGUUGUAUGUGACAGGUCCUGACAAGGAUUAUGGCUGUGUAGAACAACGCAUACCUGACAUGGAACCAGACGAAUAUGCAAGACAGACACAGGAAUUUCUCGCUAGUCUUUGUAAAACGGAUGAAGAACGAGAAAAUCUACAAAUCGCUACCAAAGGGCAAAAUGAUUCUGUUCUCUGGAAAUCAGAAAGAAUCAAGCGACUGACAGCAUCAAAUUUCGGUAGAAUCUGUAACAUGAAGAAAUCCACUAAGCGAGCAAAAUCCGUUGUCAGUAUAUUGUACAGUAGGUUUUCAGGGACGGAGGCCACAAGGUAUGGAUUGGAAAAUGAGCAUAGCGCCAUUCAGGAUUUUGAAGUGAACUUUGGUAAGAAGGUGGCUCGCUGUGGCUUAUUCGUCGAUAAGGAACACCCAUGGCUGGCAGCAACACCUGACGGUCUUGUUGGAGAUGAUGGUAUCCUUGAAGUAAAAUGUCCUGCCGUAGCUGCCAGAAUGUCUCCACAAGAAGCAGUGGAACAGAAAAAAGUAACAUUUUGUAACAUUGUGGAUGGUAAAAUGUUUCUGAAGAAAGGACAUGCUUACAUGUACCAAGUGCAGGGACAACUGCAUAUUACCAAUCGUAAGUACUGUUAUUUCGUCCUUUGGACACCACGUGGCUUACUAGUGCAACAAAUUGAAAGAGAGAACAGUUUCUGGAAAGAAAAAAUGAUCAACAAACUGACACAGUUUUACAUGACGUGCCUUCUACCGGAAAUAAUAGAUCCACGUUAUCCUAGGAAUAUGGAAAUCAGGGAACCUGAUAAUACACUGUAAACAAUUGAUGGACAAUAGCCUUACAUGUAAGCCAAAAUUACCACAAACAGUACAGGUAAAUUCCCAUUUUUAAAGAAGGAUAUUAACAACAAAAAUGAUUUCAUAAAGAUUACAGUUAGGCCUAUAGAUUUUUGUUUUCUAGUCCAAUAAACAAUUGAAACAUAGAAAAUUGGCGUACUAUUUUGACGAAAGAUGUUUGAAAUGAUACAGUUAUACAGACAAGUGCCCAGUUGCCAGUUUCCGUGCCAACAGAAAAAAAAAACCUUAUGUUUGUGUAUGCUGUGAAAUACUUAAAUCAAUAUAAUGUAACAGUGUAAUUGGCAUGCAGUGUCUUAUAACUUUGCACUUAGAUUAUAUUAUUAUGGGCCGUAUCUCAUUGUGAAUCGUUUUAAAAGAUAUACGUAAAAUGUUUGUUUCACUCUACAUGUUAUAUUGUGCGCUGAUAGUUUACUACUAGUAUCGAGCAGCUGUUUAUUUUUAUUUUUGGUUUUGAUGUAUUAACAUUAGUUUCAUUAUUUGUAUUUGCACCGUAUUAUUUAUCAAGAGUGUUCGAAACGAAAUAAUUUGUUAUACUGAAUCUGAAAUAGUUGUAUGAAUAUAUUUAUUUUUGUAUGUUUAAAUAUGUAAG